AUGUCUUUAAACUAUGCAUCUAGUUUUAACCACUUGCCCCUAUUGAAUCAGGAUGCAUUUGUUCAAAAGCCACGCGAGGAGAAGGAUCUCUCUGAUUUGUACCCAGACUUGGAUGAGUCGCUGCAAAUUCCAGUCUUCUUUGUCAACCCUCUGAAGGAAAGAGGUGAAAAUGGAGAACAUACACAUCAGAUUGUCAAUGGUAACAAGUCUAGCACCUCACUAACUAAUGGCCCAAUUUCAAAUCUCAAGUUACCUGUGUUUAGAAAGAUCCAACCAGCAGCUCCCAAUCCCAAUAUCAAAUUCAAUAAACAACUUCUUGAAUAUGGGUUUCAAGAACCAUCGAGGAAUAAUGACCGUAAUGAACGCGACACUACAUAUAUACGGCAGUUUGAAAUACCGACAAGCAUAGUCAAGCAAAAUGACACCACCAAUGAGGAGACGAUAAUCAAACAGUAUUUGAACAAGCGACAGCUACUAGUUGAGUACGACAUGGAUGAACAAGAUAUGCUUUAUCUACAGGAUAGAAAUAAGCAAGCGAGCAAUGUAAUCAAGAUCACUCCAGAAGUAUUUGAAACCAUGAUUAGCACGUUGGAGGAUGAGUGGAGUAAACUCGAACAUCGCAUUAAUAUCUUGACAAAUACGGAUGCACACAAUAGUGGGCUCGGUGCAAGUGACAGAGUUUUGACUAUGGGUCAUAACAACUCAAAAUAUGGGAAUGAUGAUGGGAUUGUGCCUGGAUCCAUUUAUGACCAAAGAUGUGCUGUUUGCAACGAUAGUGAUUGUGAUAAUUCCAAUGCGAUUGUAUUUUGUGAUGGUUGCGAUAUUGCUGUGCAUCAGGAAUGUUAUGGCGUGGCUUUCAUCCCCGAAGGACAAUGGCUAUGUCGUAAGUGUAUGAUUAAUAAGAACAACGUCACCCAAUGCGUGUUUUGUCCUAGCACAACAGGAGCUUUCAAACAGUUGGAUAAUAGUUUAUGGGGCCAUGUGGUAUGUGGAUUGUGGAUUAAUGAGUUGUAUUUUGCAAACCCCGUUUAUAUGGAGCCUAUUGAAGGAAUAGAGUCCAUACCCAAGAGCCGAUGGAAGUUGACGUGCUAUAUAUGUCGACAAAGAGUUGGUGCUUGUAUACAAUGUACAAAUAGAAGCUGCUUCCAAGCCUAUCAUGUCACUUGUGCCAAAAGAGCUGGCCUUUACAUGGAAAUGACACAAGGGUUGAAGGGUGCUUUGACAAAUAAACUUACACUCAAAUCCUUUUGUGAUAAACACACACCACCAUCAGACUUGGAUAGACUUUCUUCAAUUCAUGAGGGGAUUGAAAAGACAAGGCUAUACUAUAGGGACACCAAGCUUUUGAAUGAACAAAAUGCCCAGUUGAGCAAUAGCAAGAAAAUGGCCAACAAGUUGAACAUAUUCAAGUGGAAGACGGAAUUGAACACCCCCAUUGCACCUAAAAUCUUUAGUGACAAGUUAGUUGAGUUAAUGUACUCAUUGAAAGUUGAAAACCAAAUCAACUUGCCUGAAGAAUCAAUGAAUCAAGUGUUGGAGUUGAGUGUUUUACCAAAUCGUACAAAGGAGGAAAUUCAUAAUGAUUUGACUUCAAUUGCGAAUGAGAUUUGUCGAUAUUGGUGUUUGAAGCGCGAAAUGAAGAAUGGAGCGCCUUUGGUGCGCAAGAAUGACGAGUUCAGUACACUUGUUAUGAGUAGUGCUGGUGUUGGUGGUGUAAGCGGUGCUGGUGCUGCUGCUGAAAUUUCCACACCGUCGGGGUCGUUGUUGUACGAUUAUAACAAUUUAGAACAAAACGGACCAGAUGAAUCUAAAAUGGAUGAUAGAAUAGAAUUUGCCAACGUGUUGAGUAAAGAUCUCGAGAAGUUGAUCAAAAUGAAUCAGUUGAAUAUUCAACGACAAAUUUUGGGUAAAGAGGUUGAAAACUUGUCAUUGGAUAUUGCUGACAUGUAUUAUUUCCCCUUGAACCAGGCAAUCAAAAUAUUAGUUGACAAGUUGAAUAUGAAACUUGAUCCAAGUCGGGUAAUUUUCCACUACGUUCCCAAGUCUAGCAAUGCCACUUUCACGACGAAUAGAAGCUUGAAAGAGAUUAUGGACUGUAUUCAGCGCAGUCGGUACGAUGGUAUACAACAAUUCAGAUCUGAUGUUGAAGAUUUGGCAGCUACAAUUUGGAAAGAAAACAAGCCAAGUUCCAAUGUAUAUAAGAAGAUGAAAGCGUGGAAACGCGAGUUUGAUAAAGAUAUUGACAAACUUGUGAAUGGAAGCAAAGCAACAGGAGACGUGAAUGAGGUUGUUGUGCAAGCUCCAACCUGUUCAGCCAAUGGAUUAGACGUUUCAAUUGAGAAUACAGACAACCACUUGCUACAAUCUACCAGCGGGGAAGAUGGUGAUCACGUGCAAACAAGUUUCGCUAACGCAUCUGUUGCUGAUUUGCAAGAUAUUGAUAUGAGUGAUCUUAGCGAUGUUGAAUAUGAGGAUGCAAGCGAUGCAGAAUUGAAAAAGUUUUUGGAAUAA